AUGCCUACCAUCUCUGUUCCAAAGAAAGGCUUUCUUGAUUUACUCGGAAAACAGUACUCCAAUGAAGAGUUUGACGAACUUUGCUUCGAAUUUGGGGUAGAAUUGGAUGAAGACACUACUGAGGAAGCGCUCAAGCUAAAUGUCGAGCCAGAGCUCAAAAUUGAAAUUGGUGCUAAUCGUUACGAUUUGUUGUGCACAGAAGGUAUCGCACAAUCGUUGAAUGAGUUUUUGGGGAGAAAAGAGAUUCCACGGUAUAAGCUGACGAAGGCCACCACCCAGCUCUACGUCGAGCCUUCGACCGAGCAGAUCAGACCUUAUGCUGCUGCUGCCUUUUUAAGAGGUAUCACAUUCACAGAUGCGUCUUAUCAGUCAUUCAUUGAUCUACAGGACAAACUUCACUCUAAUUUGUGCAGAAACAGAACUCUGGUGGCUGUUGGUACUCACGAUGCCGACACCAUCAAGGGUCCUUUCUAUUAUAAAGGGGUCCCUCCAAAAGACUUCAAGUUCGUGCCUUUGAAUCAAAGUAAGGAAUUCACAGGUGCUGAGCUGAUUGAACACUACAAGCAGCCAGACCAGAAAAACAAUAUUGGCAGAUUUGUUCACAUUAUUGAGGAUUCUCCUGUUUUCCCCGUCGUGUACGAUAGCGAAGGAACUGUGUGCUCUUUACCACCUUUAAUUAAUUCCGAACAUUCGAAAAUCUCCAAGAGCACCAAGAAUGUGUUCAUAGAGUGUACUGCCACGGAUAGAACCAAAGUGGAAAUUGUUAUUAAUCAGCUCGUCGCCAUGUUCUCCCGCUACUGCUCCGAACCUUUCACUGUCGAACCUCUCGAAGUAGUAUCGGAACAUAAUAAUCAAUCGCGUACCACUCCCAACUUCACUCCAAGAUCGAUGGAAGUCUCCACUAAAUACAUCAAUUCUUGUCUAGGAUUGAACCAAUCCCCGCAAGAGAUAAGUGCCAAUUUAAAAAGAAUGUCUUUGCCCUCUGCUCCUUCAGAGAAGGAGGGCUAUCUCAAGGUCGAAAUUCCAAUUACCAGGCCUGACAUUUUGCAUCCAUGUGAUAUUAUGGAGGACGCAGCAAUUGGAUAUGGUUACAAUAAACUACCUAAGGGGAAAAAAUUGUCAAAUGCCAACUUUGUUGCUGCUCCGUUGCCCAUUAAUAAAAUUUCCGAUAUUUUCAGAACAGCCUCGGCACAGGCGUCAUGGCUCGAAGUCUUGCCCCUUACUUUGUGUUCUCAUGAUGAAAAUUAUAAGUUUUUGAGGGUUGAAGAUGACGGCACACAAGCUGUCAAGCUAGCAAACCCAAAGACUGCUGAAUAUCAAGUUGUGAGAACAACUUUGUUACCUGGUAUAUUGAAGACAGUAAGAGAAAACAGAAAGCAUACACUGCCAAUUAAGGUUUUCGAAGCUGGUGAUGUCGUCUUCAAAAACGAAAAAUUGGAGCGCAAGUCUUACAACGAACGCCACUGGGCUGCUAUCUACGUAGGGAAAAAUGCAGGCUUUGAAAUUAUUCAAGGGCUACUCGGAAAAGUCAUGCAAACUUUUAGAACUCAAUGGGUAGCCGACUAUGGUAAGGCUUCCCUUUCUAGAGGCUAUUGGAUCGAACAAGAUGACUCCCUACCAACCUUUUUCCCAGGAAGAGGAGCAAAGAUCAUGUUUAGACCAAAAGAAGGUGAGGAACCUAAGAAGAUCGGUUACUUGGGUGUUUUGCACCCGGAAGUAAUGAAAAACUUUGACUUACCAUACGCUGCCUCCUACGUUGAACUGAACUCAGAAGCCUUUCUAUAA